AUGAUUACCAGUACCGACAUGACUUUUUUGAAUGCAGUCCACGAUCAAGACAUUGGUAGAGCCAAAGAAAAUGAUCUUGAAGCAUUCAUGGCUCCAGGAAGUGUGCAGAGUAUUAGUAAUUCAGUAGAUGUCAAAUUCAAUAAUGAUUAUACAGAAAGCAACGAAGCUGAAUACAAUGAUAGUGAUAAUAGCAAUGACUAUUCGUAUAAUAAGAAAUCUGUUCAUGAAUAUUUGCGUAUUCGCAACCUAGUAAAUAUAAACACUCUUCUAAUCAAGUCUGAUUUUGUUACCAAGAACGUGAAUCAAGAGUCUCACAUCUCUUUUUAUGAGCCUAAUACAUAUGCAGAGGCUACUACCCUGAAGUUAUUCUCUAUGUUUUUUGAGAAUAACGUAUCUUGCAAUGUUUUUGACAAGUAUAUUAAGAUUGUAAAUAAAUACAUGGCAGAAUCCUUUGGGAAUGUUACUGACAAAUUGAGCACUGAUAAGACAUGCAAAAGCAACCAAAUUGAAGAAUUAAACAUGACGUCACCUAUAAUUGACUUUUGGGAGUGUUACCAACAAAUUGGACACUGA